UGGAGAAGCAGUUUCGUGCCGUUGCGGCGUGUUCUAUUUUUCAGUUGACGAAGUAUCACCAGUAUCUCCAGAACGAAACUGUCGACUUCGGAGUUUAUGGUAUGAGCUUCAGUCGUAAUCCAGUAGCCUGCGUGAUCUGGUUGACAGUUAUUAUAUUUCAGUAAGGACAAACUCGUUUUAGUCAACAAAAUUAUAGCAGCUGUAAAACAAACGCAACCAUGAUUUUUCGGACGUUACUUAUCUUUAUCUUUCUUACUACUUUGAGCAUUGGAAUUAAAUUGGACGAGAGAAUAACGAUCGAAAAACUGAGUAUACUAAAAUCCCCACAUGUACACAUGAAAAAUGAAUCGGCAGUUUUUGAAAAAAUAAAUGCAAUAAUAUCCGAAGGACCAGACAACCUUGAGUUCAUAACGGAUUUUGACCAAACAUUGACAAAGCAACACGAAAAUGGAGUUCUAUCAAUGGAUUCGGCUGAAAUUUUUUUUCAAAGCAAACAACUGCCAAGAACUAUCGUUAAAGCAAUUCAAGAUUUGCUCACCAAAUUUAAUGCAAUUCCAAUGAUAAAUACAAUCAACAAAGAACGAAUAUCAGAAUCAUGGAAGGAAUUAAUUGAAACAGUUCAGACCAGACUACGAGGAUUGCCGUUCGAUCGUACAGAAAUAGAAAAGCUCGUUCUCCAAUACGGACCUUCAUUUAGAAAUGGAACAAGUGAAUUAUUCUUAAGACUUCAUAAUUUGAAUAUACCAGUUGUGAUAUUUAGUGCAGGAUUGAGCGAUGUGAUCGAGGUGCAAUUCAGUCACGAAAAUAUACAUUAUGACAAUAUUUCUAUCAUAGCCAAUCGGUUGAAAUUCAAUGGAACUGUUCUUGACGGCUUAGAAAAUUAUAAACAUCCAAUUAGUGUAUUUAACAAACAUGAGUACGUAAGUUAUUUUGUUAGCAGCAAGGCCCUGAAAAUUCGCAGCAAUAAAAUCUUGAUGGGCGAUAACAUAGGAGAUGUAACGAUUGCACAUGGAUUUGAAAAUAAAGGAACAGAAUUGACGAUUGGAUUUUUCUACAAUCAGACUGGAAACAGCUUGGAAAUGUAUAAGGAAACUUUUGAUAUAGUUUUGAAUGAUGACCAAACGAUGAAUGUGAUACUGGAUAUCAUCAAGUGGCUCUGAAGUAAUGUUAGACGUUAGAUAUAAUUUUUUCUCAAUUACAUGUAAUGAAGCAAAAAUUGUAAAUCGAUACGCAUACGAUUGCAAAAGUAUUAGUGAUGUAAAUUCUCUACUAAGUUAUUCAAAUAAAUGAAAAACUAUUAUCUUCGUAUCCAACAAGGGAUUCGUUUACUUAUAUUCCAUUCGUAUCGAUUAUUCUGAACAUAAAUAAUUUAUACGUAAUUAAAAAAGGAAUAACACUUUGGAAAAGCUUAUAAUAAGUUCUCUACAGAUAUUUUUUAGAAAAGAUCGAUUAUUAUUGUGGCGAACGCACCGAGCAUUCGAACCAACAUUCGAACGUGGUUGAGAAACAAAAGUAUGAGCAUAGCAACGAACAUUCAUUUCGUUUAAUGAAAAAACAUUUCUAUAGUUAGUCUGUCAAUUGUAUUCUUAAUAAAUAGACGUUGUGAUAUUAACCAAUUGACUUAUUACUAGUAGGAGUAAAUACUCGAACAAAUAAUCAUUUAUUCCUAUAAUUAUUGUAAGAAGUAAAAAAAAACAACUAAAAUAAAAGUUACGAAAACAGUUUAAGCAUCACGGAAAACAUACAUAUUUAUAUCAUUUUACACAUACAUACAUACACACACACCGCAAUAAC